UUCAUUUAAUCCUUUAUUUUAAUACACAACAAUAUUCAUUCUCUUCUUUAUUCUCUCUCAAGAAUAUAAGCCACACAAUUCUCUCUCUCUCUCUCUCUCUCUAACAAGAGCAGAAAGAAAGGUGAAAAGGUGGAGAAUUGAGUUGCCUCUCCACACAUCAAAGAACAAGAAGCAGCAAAGCAAAGAUUUGGUUAGAUUGAAGAAGAAACCCCAAUUUGUGAUGGGAAUAAGAGCAGGUAGCACAAGAAGAAAAUGACAUGGUCCAAUAAUAACAAUGAUGCCCUCCAAAUUAAACAAAAUUAUACUGUUUCCAAACCUGAUCAACUUAGGACCAUCAUCUGCCCUUCAUGCGGCCAUACUGUAAAACUUCAAGAUCAAUAUCAGAGCGGAGUUCAAGAUUUGCCUGGGCUACCUGCUGGGGUGAAGUUCGAUCCGUCGGAUCAAGAAAUACUUCAACACUUGGAAGCCAAAGUGUAUUCAGAUGCAAAGAAGCUGCAUCCUUUGAUUGAUGAAUUCAUCCCCACUAUCGACGGUGAAAAUGGAAUUUGCUAUACUCAUCCCCAGAAAUUACCUGGAGUAAGCAAAGAAGGACAGGUGCGGCACUUCUUCCACAGGCCGUCCAAGGCAUACACAACGGGGACACGAAAGCGACGUAAGGUGCACACCGACGACGACGACGGCGGCAGCGGCAGCGGCGGCGAGACCAGGUGGCACAAGACCGGCAAAACCAGAGCCGUGUCAGGCGACGUGAGGGGCUACAAAAAGAUCCUGGUGCUCUACACAAACUUCGGGCGGCAGCGGAAACCGGAGAAGACAAACUGGGUGAUGCACCAAUACCAUCUCGGCCACAACCAAGACGAAAAAGACGGUGAAUUGGUGCUCUCCAAAGUCUUCUACCAAACGCAGCCUAGGCAAUGCGCUACCAAACCCACAAACGCUGAUCAAAGCUCCUUCAUGUCCAAGAACCAGAGUUUCGUCGUCGAUUACUAUAAUCCUUACAGCAACGCAGACGCCCCACCUCACCUCAUUCCCAAUUUGCUUCUUCAUGGUGACGGAUCUUCGUCCUUCCUUCAUGUGCCUUCCGCUGCAACUAAACCCAAAUGAGGCAACCAAUAGCGUUUUCAGGAAUCUCUUGGCUUCAGAUUUUACCAAGGAAAGUAAGAGCACCAUGAUUAAUUUAGAGGUUAUUAUCGCUUGCAUGUUAAUAUUAAUCACCAUUAAUUAGAUGGAUAUAUAUAUAUAUACACACACGUUAUGGUGUCACUGUUUUAGGAUUAAUAUAUACUGUGUUUUUGGUUCACAUGUACGUGUUUUAUUCGAGUCUGAUGCAUGUAGGUAGAGUAUGAUUUAAACAUCAAGCUAGUAUAGGAAUACAUACAUAUAUAUAUAUGAGACACUGAGAGAGAGAGAGAGAAAGAGAGAGAGAGAGAGAGAAUCUGCUUGUAAGCCUGUAUUUGAUAAUUUAAAUAAUUUUAUGGAGAUCUAAAUUUCAUAA